CCGGCGAUCCCAAGGCGAUCCCAAAGACAGCGCAGGACCCUCGGACUUCAUUUCCCGUCGACCCGCGGGGGGAGCGCCGGAAGCCCGCCCCGCCCCUCAUUGUGCGGCUCCUACUAAACGGAAGGGGCCGGGAGAGGCCGCGUUCAGUCGGAUCCCGGCAGCAGCUGCAGCGGCUCUCGUCUUCUCUGGCUCUCUUUGUCAUAUUCUUUUAGCUUCCAGAAACAUGGCCUCUGGUGUGGCUGUCUCUGACGGUGUCAUCAAGGUGUUCAAUGACAUGAAGGUGCGUAAAUCGUCGACGCCGGAGGAGGUGAAGAAGCGCAAGAAGGCGGUGCUCUUCUGCCUGAGUGAGGACAAGAAGAACAUCAUCCUGGAGGAAGGCAAGGAGAUCUUGGUCGGUGACGUGGGCCAGACUGUGGACGACCCCUACGCCACUUUUGUUAAGAUGCUGCCAGACAAGGACUGCCGCUACGCCCUCUAUGACGCCACUUACGAGACCAAGGAGAGCAAGAAGGAGGACCUGGUGUUUAUCUUCUGGGCCCCCGAGUGUGCACCCCUUAAGAGCAAAAUGAUCUACGCUAGCUCCAAGGAUGCCAUCAAGAAGAAGCUGACAGGGAUCAAGCACGAAUUACAAGCAAACUGCUUGGAGGAGGUCAAGGACCGCUGCACCCUGGCCGAGAAGCUGGGGGGCAGUGCCGUCAUCUCCCUGGAGGGCAAGCCCUUGUGAGCCCCCUCCAGCCCCCUGCCUGGAGCAUCCGGCAGCCCCAGACCUGCCCAUGGGGGCUGCAGGCUGCCCCCUUCCUGCCAGACCGGAGAGGCUGGGGGGAAUCCCAGCAGGGGAGGGGAAUCCCUUCACCCCAGUUGCCAAACAGCCCCCCCCCCCGGACCUUCCUCCUCCCUCCACCCCUGACGGUUCUGGCCUUCCCAAACCGCUUUUGAUCUUCUGUUUCCUGUUGGGUUGAAGCAGACCAAGUCUCCCCAGGCACCCCAGUUUGGGAGGUGCCUGUAUUUUUUUUAACGAUACCCCCAGUCCCCACCUGCUCCUCCCCCUUCCCAGGCUGCCAACUUCUAACCACAGUGGUGACUCCGUGCUUGUCUGUUUAGUUCUGUGUAUAAAUGGAAUGUUGUGGACAUGAUCUCUCCCCAUGCCGGCUGGUCCCCCUCCCCUUUUCCCCUGGUCACGGCCCCUCCUUUGGAGCCAGGACCAGUAAGGAACCUUCAAUUAAAAAAAAAAAAAAAAAAAAA